AUAACAAAUGUGGUGCUGGAUCAAGAUUUUUUGGAUUUCAUGUAUAAAUUAGAAUCAAUAAUUUUAUUAUUAUUUGAAAAAUAUAAUGAUCUUGGUCCUGAUAUUCUUUUAUAUAUUCAUAAAAGUUUAUUAUGUAAUUUAUCAUUAUUGGAAUCUUUUAAUAUACUUAUUAAUAUUGUCGAUCAAAAACUAUAUAUAAGUGCCAAAAAUAAUAAGUUAACAGAUGAAGUUAAAGGAACCUCAAGUUUUCAUGAAAACCUUAAAGUUAUGAAAAAAGAUAUAAAAAAAAUUGAAAAUUAUACAUCAAUAAAAAAAUCUAGUAUUCCGAUGGAACCUAUACUUGAAUUAAAUCAGCUUCAAAUAUGGGCAUACCUGAAAAAUGCUGAAGAAUAA